AUGGAAGUACUUGACACAGCAGGUACUGAACAAUUUACAACCUAUAACGAAGUCUACAUCAAGUCAGCACAAGGUUUUGUUCUCGUCUACAGUUUGACUCAAGAGGCUAGCCUUAAGGAAGUUGACAAUAUGCGGAAACAGAUCUUUCGCAUCAAAGGAGGCAAUACACAAACUAUUCCGAUUGUCGUUGUGGGCACCAAACUUGAUCUCGUCAAUGAACGCGAGGUACCUGCAAGCACGAUAGCGACUCUGUCCUCUCGGUGGGGGCUUCCGUUCUAUGAAACCUCAGCAAAGCGAAACUGGCAUGUAUCUGAGGUAUUCGAGGAUCUCCUCAGACAAUUACGCAAAACAUAUCCCAUUCCGACCUCGCAGAAGAAGAGGAAAUCUCCAGGAUGUGUCGUCAUGUAG